UCUGCGUUCGUGAGCUCUGUCAGGUAAAUAUGGCUAAAAGCUUAAGGAGUAAGUGGAAAAGGAAGAUGCGUGCAGAAAAGAGAAAAAAGAAUGCCCCAAAGGAGCUCAGCAGACUAAAAAGUAUACUUAAAGCAGAUACUGAUAUCUUAAUGAAAGAUGUGCAAGAGAUAGCAACUGUGGUGGUACCCAAACAUUGCCAAGAGACAGCCUAGUGUGUGAAAGAUGAAAAAGAUGACAUGAAAAUGGAGACUGAAAUUAAGAGAAACAAAAAGAGUCUUCUAGACCAGCAUGGACAGUAUCCCAUAUGGAUGAACCAGAGGCAAAGAAAAAGGCUGAAGGCAAAGCGACAGAACAAGAAGGGGAAAAACAAAGCAAAAGCAGCGAAGGCAGCUAAGGGGUUGGCCUGGUAGACUCUUAAAAACUGGAGAAAGGCCUCUUGGGAUUGAUCUUUGAUAAGAGUGUGUAUGUUGAUUCCAGCUUCCACCAAAUGAAAACUUUGUAUUUUAAUUUGGUCUUUUUCUUCAAUUCAGACCUCAAGUUUGUUUUGGAAUUUGAAUAAAAUAUUU